UCUCUAUGAGAUUCAUCCACAAUGUUAUUUUGAAUUUUUACGAGUUUAAAUCAUAGUUUUUAAUAGUUAAUUAUUCCUUUAUUAGUGAUAAAAGUUUUGUAAAUGUGUUAUAAUUAUGAAAUAAGAGUUUACACCCCCUCAGACCUCUAAUGAUGGCACCAGGACAAAAUAUAAUAUACAAAAUAGAGUACAUUAAAGAUGUUUUAUACUUUGCGAUAACAAGACAUGAUAAAGUUUUAAACAACACUACUGAUACGCAUUACUUUUCGAUUGAUCAUGAAUUAAUUUAUGAAAACUACUAUUCUGAUUUCGGCCCUUUAAAUCUUGGCUGUGUCUACAAAUAUUGCACGGAGUUAAAUGAAAAACUAAAGCAUUUAUUAAAUAAACAAAAAAUAGUGCACUAUACAUCAGAGGAUCCAAGGAAAAAUGCCAACGCUGCGUUUUUGUUGGGCUGUUUUGGUGUACUAUAUUUGAGUUUGCCGCCAAAAGAUGCACUAAGACCACUCAUCUCUCAUGGGCAGUCAUAUCGGCCCUUUCAAGAUGCAACGCAAGGUGAAUCUAUGUAUACUAUAACCAUAUUGGACUGCUUACAAGCUAUCAAAAAAGCACGGGAGCUUGGAUUUUUUAACUUUCAAGAUUUUGAUCUUGAAGAAUUCGAUAAAUACGGAAACAUACAAGGUGGAGACCUUAAUUGGAUUAUCCCUGAUAAAUUUUUGGCCUUUAUUGGACCAGUUGACUGCAGUAUAUCACAGUUUUCGUUUUACCAUAACCCACAAAAGUAUAUUGAAUAUUUUCUUCAGAACAAUAUAGGAUUGGUGAUACGUUUAAACAAAAGGUUUUACGAUGGGAACGUAUUUAGAAAUAAAGGCAUAGCUCACCUAGAUUUAUUUUUCCCGGAUGGUUCAUGCCCUCCGCGGCACAUUUUAUUCAAAUUCCUUCAGAUAAGUGAAGAAGUCAACUGCGCUAUAGCAGUGCAUUGCAAGGCAGGUCUAGGGCGCACUGGCUCAUUAAUUGGUGCUUAUCUGAUGAAACACUACCGCAUGACUGCCCUUGAAGCUAUAAGCUGGAUGAGAAUAUGCAGACCCGGCUCUGUAAUUGGCCAUCAACAGGAUUGGUUACAGAAACUUGAGCCGUGGCUGAUCAAACAAGGCAAUCUUUAUAGGAAACGCGUGUACCAGAAUGCAGACGAAUUGCCGAUUCACCCAUACGGCGUAUAUUCUAUUGCCAAGAAAGACUUCCGUCAGCGGGCGACGAUCCUCAGGAAUAAAUCACCAUCACCACCGCCUCCGUUCCAAAGAGGGCUGAAGUCGUAUAUUGAACAUCCUAUUCGACCGCAGGCAUCCAAAGUCAGAGAAGCAUCUGACAAGAAAGCUGAAAAACACCAAGCAGAAAGAAGGCCCAGUCCAUCAAAGAAUAGCUUCACUUCCAAGAACUUGAGUAAUAAAGGAAAUGAAAAAUUAUAUAGUCGGUCUAAGACUAGUCCUAUAGGCGCUGGUGAUCCUCGAAUACCAUCCCCAUCACAGACGUCAAGAGACUCGAGGAAAAGCAAUGUUUCACAUACUAAGAACCUAUGUGGUUUUCAACCAAUGCCUCCAUUUCAUGUACUGAAUACUCCUAUUAUAAAAAAUAUUAACGAUGCAAAGAACUUUCUAUUAAGACCAUACAGUUUUGGAGAAGAAAAACGAAGAGAAUCGACCACUCCAUCAAAGAUCGUAACGCAUUACUCAUCAAAACCUUCGAAGUUGUGUGAAACAUUACCUUCUAUAGUGCGUAAACCACCUUCGCAAAUAAGUACUACUAAUGCUACUGCUACUGGUACAGCUAUUCGAGGACUACAGCCAACCCAGAACCAGAGCCGCCGUCUAGGACGUAGCCCGAGCCCUUCACCCACGCGGAGUAUGAGUCCCGUGGUCCGAAAUUCACCGUCUCCAAUACCUACCAUGAAUAGCACUUUCAAUAACCGUAGAGGAAAAGACAAAAUGAUAUCUUCAAGAAGUACUCUGCCCUCGCUAGGCGCAGCGUCUCUGGGCGCGCGGCGCACGGCGCCCGGCGGCGGCGGCGGGGCGGCGGCGCCCUCGGUGCGCUCCGACGAGCGUCCGCUAGCCACGCAGGGUGACAUGCUCAAUAGCAUCAAGUUGCAAAGAAGAUUGAAAGAGUCUAUGCAAUCAGAUAGAAACUGUGCACUUUACAAUAAAGGUAACUCUAGCGGUCCCAUCAAGCAGCAGCACAGCUCCAGUCGCCAGGUAAAGCCUGCUGAACCCUCGAUGACUAAGGUCAUAAGGAAACAGAGGUGACGGAUAGGUCGUCUGAUAUAAAAAUUUACAUUGAUUCGGUCGUUAUUGUUGGUAACAGGAUAAUAAAAAUACUUGAAAUCUAAAAUUUA